AUGUUCCGAAACCUGAGGUCUCUCACCUCGGACGCGGGCACGACGGUCUGUUCAGCGACUCAGUUCCUGGAGCGGAUCAAAGGGAUGAGACUUACCGAAGACGAGGUCAUGGCGUCAUUCGACGUCACUUCUCUUUUCACUUCGAUUCCGCAAGACCUGGCAGUCGAAACGGUCAGCGAGCUGCUCGAGAGUCGGUACGACGAGACGGGCGUGACGAUAAAACGGAGACAUCUCGUCCAAUUACUGAGAUUCUGCCUGAAGACGUACUUUACUUUCAAAGGUACGACCUACGAGCAGGUCAAGAGGACGCCAAUGGGAUCGCCGCUCUCGGGCUUCAUCGCAGAGGCAGUCCUCCAAAAAGUAGAGACCCUAGUUUUCGCAGCCUAUAAGCCGAAAUUUUGGACUCGAUAUGUCGAUGAUACCUUCGUUAUCAGUAAGCGGCAAAAGGUCCAAGAAUUCCAUGACGUCCUGAACUCUGUUUUCCCUGACAUCCAGUUCACAAUGGAGGCGGAAGCCAACAACCAACUGCCGUUCCUGGACGUUCUCGUCCAUCGAAAACCAAAUGGGCACUUAAAAACGACGGUAUAUAGAAAGGCCACUAAUACACGCCAAAUCCUGAUCUUCCACAGUAAGCACCCGUUGUGCCACAAACGCAGUUGUGUGCGAACACUCUACAGAAGGGCAGAAACACACUGCAGCGAGCCGGACGACAGAAAGUCAGAACUACGCUACCUCCAGCGCCUCUUCAUGUCCAACGGGUAUCCGCGCAACUUCAUCGAACGCAGCAGACAGGCCCGACUGAGCCGAAUUUUGGAAACAGAACGGCCAAAAAUAUGGCGGGCGCUUCCAUACAUCGAUGGCGUUUCUGAGGCGGUCUCCCGUCUCUUAAGACCGCUGGGGAUCGGCAUCGCCCACCGACCGGAGUCAACAAUUCGACAUCUGGUCAUGAGACCUAAGGCCCCUCUGCCACCAGGUGAAAACACGAACGUCAUCUACCGGAUCCAGUGUAACUCCUGUGAAGCCAACUACAUUGGGGAGACAGGCAAACGACUACAGACCCGUGCUGGAGAACACAUGAGGGCAGUAAGGCGAAUGGACCCUUUGUCUUUGGUGGCCGAACACUGCGCCGAUUCCGAACACACGUUCGCCUUUCAGCAUGUCAAAAUUCUGGGCCGAGGAAGCGACCGCAUAACCAGGGAAACAAUCGAGGCUUGGCAGACAGGGACAACCUCCAUCAACCGUUGUGUGGCUCUUCCCGCUGCCUAUCAAGCCCUUCGAGCACAGCUCAGUAAACAAAUGAGCAGACGUGAACCCAGGCUAAACACGAAUCCAGACAUGAGUGAGUCCAUGGCGGAUGCACACUCAGCCACCCCUCAACCUGGUUCCGACGAAGGCGCAGUCGUCACCACAGCCGUUCCAUCUACUAGUCCGGCGGACGAGAAAAUGGACAGUCGUUGCGGCGUAAACAAGAUUGCCAGCCUUGGACGACAGUUAAGGUCAAUGAAGGUACGGGCGACGACCACCAACGUCUCAACGCCGGCCCCCGAUGUAGAUUGA